UCAGCCGCGGCCUGUGGAAGAAGUACGGCGACAAACGCAUCAUCGACACCCCCAUCUCCGAGAUGGGCUUCACCGGCAUCGCCGUGGGAGCCGCCAUGGCUGGGCUGAGGCCAAUUUGUGAAUUCAUGACCUUCAACUUCUCCAUGCAAGCGAUCGACCAGGUGAUCAACUCUGCGGCCAAGACCUAUUACAUGUCUUCCGGCAUGGUCUCGGUGCCAGUGGUCUUCAGAGGCCCCAACGGCGCCUCGGCCGGAGUCGGCGCACAGCAUUCACAGUGCUUUGCCGCUUGGUACGGGCACUGCCCUGGACUGAAGGUGGUCAGCCCUUGGAGCUCCGAAGAUGCAAGAGGUCUCCUUAAGUCGGCCAUCCGGGACGACAAUCCAGUUGUGAUGCUGGAACAUGAACUGAUGUAUGGAGUUCCCUUUGAGAUGUCAGAGGAGACUCAAUCAAAGGACUUCUUGGUUCCUAUUGGCAAAGCCAAAAUAGAGAGGCCAGGAAUGCACAUUACGUUAGUGUCACACUCGAGGUCUGUUGGACACUGUCUGGAAGCAGCUGCUGUCCUUGCCAAAGAAGGGGUGGAGUGUGAGGUGAUAAAUCUCCGCACCAUUCGCCCAAUGGAUGUUGAAACUAUAGAAGCCAGCAUUAUGAAGACAAAUAACCUUGUAACAGUGGAAGGAGGUUGGCCGCAGUUUGGAGUAGGAGCCGAAAUAUGUGCCAGAAUCAUGGAAGGACCUGCCUUCAAUUACUUGGAUGCUCCAGCUGUGCGUGUCACAGGGGCAGAUGUUCCUAUGCCUUAUGCAAAGAUCUUGGAAGAGAACUGCAUACCUCAAGUGAAGGAUAUCAUCUUUGCAGUGAAGAAAACGCUAAAUAUCUAGACUGUUACAAACAUGUUCUUCUAAAAUGUCUUAGUUUAAAGCAUAUGGAGUGUACUACAAACUAUUGUGUUCAUAACUGCCUUGUAUAGCUUCGUGAACCUUUCUGUACAGAAAGAAAAGGUUAAAUGACACUUUAAAAAUUAUUUAUAUGGCUAAUUGUGUAAUAAGCCAGCGUUUCAGUCACCCUUCCAGCUCUAAGCAGCUCCGUGGGGAAGUAUAUAGCUGUGUUCGUUCCAGUCUCAUGCUGUAAUUUUGAAUCUGUACCCUCUCCGAGAGUUGAUAGUACCAGUGAAUGGAUUGUUCUUCUAUUGCUGUCAGAGAGUCUCAUUCUAAAUUAUCUUAAUUUAGUAUGAGAAAUAAAUGACUACCCAGCCGUGCUGUCUGUCUACUACUUACAACAGGUCAAAUGAGUGGUUUGAAAAUGAAAGAACAGCCUAAAGGCUGCUACAGGGCAGAGCUGGACUCUAAGUUUAGACUGGCUCUACAGCUGCCUUUUAUCACAACUCAGAUGUCAGUCUGCACUUGCACGGGCCUCUUUUGCACCUGCUUCUUAGAGCUGUAAGACUAGGGUGCAUAUUUCUAGAAACAGGUGUGGUGAUGGAGCCAUUACCACAGAAAGUGUGCGCGCUGGACUUGCAGUUCUGGACUUUCUGUUCACACUUUGGGGCUCUAGAGCUGCAAAGGCUCCAGUUGAGGUUGAUGAGUAGUGUCAGCAAGGAGUCCCCAA